CGUUAUUUGUUAAGUAAGAGAUACUAAACUAUAUAAAUUAAAUUAAACUUUCAGAGAUCUAAAGCUGCUGUAUUUACAAAACUCGUGCAAUAAAAUGGCAACCUUUUUACAAUCUACAAGUGAGAAGGGAUCUGACAUGGUCCAAGACUUCUUAUGUUCGACCUGCGAAGACACGAAUCUGGAUAUAAUGUCUGAUUUCUACUGUGAAUCUUGUGUUAAAUUUUACUGCGGAAAAUGUAUAGGCAUGCACAGCCAGUUGUUUACGAAACAUGCCCCCUAUGGAAGGGGAGAUAUGAAGAAAUGGCCAGUGGCCAAGAAGGUGGAAGAUUUUCUUCUGAAGUGUGAUGUCCAUAAAGACAAAAACCUUGAAAUGUUUUGUGAUAAUCACAGUGAACUGUGCUGCACAAACUGUGCAAUUCUUAAUCACAGACACUGCCAAAAGUUAACUCUGAUAUCCGACAUCGUAAAAAGUCAGUCUACAGACCUUCAACAACUGUCAGUUUCUAUCCAAACUAUUUUGAAAGCAUUGACGAAACUUCAAGACAAGCAAGAGGCUAGCAUUCAGUAUGUGCAAAGUUCAUAUGAUGAACAGCUAAACAAGAUACAGGAAACUCGCAGAGAAAUAAAUACAGCCUUAGACACGAUUGAACAGAAGACACUGAAGGAAAUGAAAGAUACUCUAAGCAAACUGCAAGCCUUUUCCAAAAAAGAUGUUGACAACUGCAACAGGCUAAGGGAUAAAUUGAAACAACUUCGAGACACCAUACAGGACAUUAGCGAUAAAAGCAAAAUGGAACUAUCCUUUAUAGCCACCAGGAAAUCCAAGGUGAUAAUAGAACAAUCUGAACAUUUUCUAAAGAAGAACUCUGUUCAGGAUAAAUUUUAUUUAACAUUCCAGCCUAACAGUGAAAUUGUACAGUACUUGUCAACACUGUCAGGUCUUGGGAGGAUUAAACACAGUACGAAGAAAUUGAUGGGAGAAGAGAAUCCAAACAAGGUUAUCACUGUGCAAGAAAAGUAUGUACACAAUAUGCGAAUAUCAAGUGAUUGGAAUGAAUGCAAUAUCAAAGCCAUCUUAGUCCUCCAGGAUGGACAGGUCCUGGUUGCAGACAACAAUAAUAAGAAAAUCAAGCUUCUUGACCAGUGUUACCAGGUGUUGAGUAACUGUAGUUUGACUGCCUUUCCACAAGAUAUGUGUGAUAUCACACCUAGUGAGGUGGCUGUGACUGUCAAUGAAAAUGCUUAUAAUAUACAUGAGGUCAAGUUUAUCACAGUCAACAACAGGCAGCUAUUGACAGGAAGGGAGCUUCAGUUACCACAUGCAUGUAUUGGUAUUGCCUGCCACCAAGGAGACCUGUAUAUUACUUCUGCUACUGCAUUGUAUAAGUACACAUUGAGUGGGAAACUUGUCAACAAGAUGUAUGAAGAUACAUCAGACACUUAUACAGUAUAUAAGAUUGCUGUGAGUCCCACAGGGGACAAGUUGUACAUCACUAACACCUCCCAUGACAAGCUCCUCACUCUGGCCAGGGAUGGGGCAGUCCUGGCCACCUUCAUUGACCCUGCACUACAAUGGCCAAAAGGUCUUCAUGCUACACAUGCAGGCCAGGUGCUGGUAUGUGGAAACAUAUCCCACACUAUCCUACAAGUAGAUAGUGAGGGCAAGAGGAAGCUGGCUACACUUGGUACAAAGGAGGAUGGAGUAGUGUCCACAUGGUCAGUCUGCUACAACAGACACACUGCCUCCAUCAUUGUGGGACUUGAACGGAACAGCAGUAUCCUGGUUUUUAAAGUAAAAUAAUGUAAUUCUACAUGUACCUUGAUUGAUGAUUCAUAUUAUUUCAAUGGCCAUAGGAUUGUGCUGUGUUAAGGUUGAUAAUAAUUAAACAUUGUUAGUAUUUUGCAGUUGCAUUGUUUUGAAAACCUAUAAUGUCAUAAGUUCAAAAACUGUUAAGAGUGUCAGUGAAAAUAAGAACAGCUGUAGUGUUUAUUAUAUUGUUACAUCUAUAACAAUUGUUUUUGUAUUUCUCAUUGACUUGACAGGUCGACUAGAUCUGCUGGUGAAUAUACAGAAACAAUUUUAGUUCAGAAUAUAGUAUCUGUUUUUUACAUUACAUCACAUUACAUCACAUUACAACACAAUAACACCAGAACUAUAUAUGUGUAUAGGCUGUCGUUUCUUUAAGAUACAUGUCAAAUGCAUUGAAGAUAACUUUACUUUUUCAUUGUUGUUUUUAAAAAAUGAUGACUUGUUUUUUUCUUGCACUGAGAACAUGUUUCUUGGUAAUUUAUAACUAUUUAUUCAGCGUAGCUGUCUCAUCCAGGUUUUGAUUUACAUUAAUAUUCAUUGAAAUGAUGUGAAUAUUUUCCGCCAUGAGACGUAUAUGAAUAAAUGAUAAUUCAGCAUG